UAUUUUCAGUUUUUAAAUCGUAUUUCUGUUGCUGUUCAACAAAUUCGACAUCUUCAAGUUCACGAAUAUGUUGCGUAUACUUUAUUGAAAGAUGCUGAAAUUCCAACUCCACCUUUUGGAGUAGCUAAAACUCCAGACGAAGCUGAAAAGAUAGCAGCAGAUCUCAAGACAAAGGAUAUUGUUUUAAAGGCUCAAGUUCUCGCAGGAGGACGUGGAGUGGGACAUUUUAAAGAUACCAAUGUCAGCGGUGUUGUUAUGUGUGAAACACCCCAACAAGCCAAAACUCUGGCCAGCAAUAUGAUAGGCAAAUUAUUAAUAACUAAACAAACUGGAGCGGCUGGAAAAAUUUGCAAUUCAGUAAUGGUGACCACACGUAUGUUUCCACGAAAAGAAUAUUACAUAGCAGUAAUGUUGGAAACUUCUUUUGAUGGUCCUGUUGUAAUUGUAUCUAAACAAGGUGGUGUAAAUAUCGAAGAUAUUGCCGCUGCGAAUCCGGAAGCUAUAUCAUAUACACCAGUAAACAUUAUGAAAGGUUUAACACCUGAAGAAGUAAAUCAAAUUGUGGAUAAAUUAGGUAUAGAAGGAGAAGGCAAAAAAAUUACCUCAAUAAUUAUUUGCAAUCUUUACGAAUUGUUUAUUGAAAAAGAAGCUUUAUUGCUUGAAAUUAAUCCAUUUGCAUUAGACAUUUGUGGAGAAUAUUUUGCUUUAGACUGUAAAUGUUCUUUUGACGAAAGUUCCGAAUUUAGACAAAAAGAAUUGUUUUCGCUACAGGAUUUUUCACAACUAAAUCCUAAUGAAGUUCAAGCAUCUAAAUUUAAUUUAAGUUAUAUAGCUUUAGAUGGAAAUAUAGGAUGUAUGGUAAAUGGAGCUGGAUUGGCAAUGGCUACUAUGGAUCUUAUAAAAUUGAACAGCGGAAUGCCGGCUAAUUUUUUAGACGUGGGCGGUACUGCUACUGCAGAAACAGUAAAGGAAGCUUUUAAAAUAAUAAUCUCUGAUCCAAAGGUAGAAGCAAUUUUCGUAAAUAUAUUUGGUGGUAUUAUGAGAUGUGAUAUUAUCGCGCAAGGUAUUACCACUGCAUCGAAAGAGUUAAGUUUGAAAGUUCCAAUAGUUGUGAGACUGCAGGGAACUAAUGUAGAAGAAGCAAAAAAAUUGAUACACGAAGCACGAUUAAAAGUUAUUUCCGUAGACGAUUUUGCUAAAGCUGCGGAAGCAGCUGUAAAAUUGGCUUUAGUGGUACAAGCUGCAAAUUCCAUGAAUUUAGACAUUUCUUUUACAUCUAAAGAAACACCUACAAAAAACACGCGGUACGUCGGAAUAAAAUAA